AUCCGAUCAAGAUUGUCUGGUCUCUCGCUUUCAACGCUACCUCAGAAUCUAAACCGCACAUCCAGAUCCCGAUUACGCCUCCGCCGUCGCCUUCCUCAGAUCUCAAGCACAAGAAAUCGGUCUCCAUAUGCAGGCACUCGAGUUCGGUCCAGACCUGUAGCAGCCAACCGCGCGCAGCCAUCUGAGCCGAUUGUUGUGACGAAGGUGGAUACUGAAAUACAGGGGGUGCGGAAGGUGGAAGAGGUUAGCGAUAGUGAUGGCGAUGGCGAUGUAGAGAGUGCCGAUGGGGGUAAGGUUGGGCGAGGACGGAAGUUGAUGGAGAGUUUAUCGAUUAAGAAAAUUAAGAAGGAGGAAUUGAGGAAGAAGAUCUUGUUAGGGUUUAGAAUUUGUGGAUUUGCCUUCUGUUUGGUCUCGGUUUCGGUUAUGGCUUCUGAUAAGGAUCAGGGCUGGGCUUUGGAUUCAUUCUAUCGCUAUAAGGAAUUCCGGUACUGUAUGGCAGUGAAUGUUAUUGGAUUUGUUUACUCUGCACUUCAAUCCUAUGAUCUUGUCUAUUUUCUCUCUACUGGAAAACACAUGAUCCGUAAUCACUUCAAGCAAUACUUCGAUUUCUUCAUUGAUCAGGCAAGUUUCUAUUUUGGCUUGAAAUUGGGUUUCUGAAUCUCAAUCUUUUUC